AGGUGGGCUGCGGGGCGGGCGCCGGCGCAGGGGGGAGCGAGGCGCUAGAGCGCCGCGAACGAGAGGCAGAGCCUGGCCUGAGCCCGCUUCGGCGGCUGCGCACCUUCGCGGGGGUCGGGCGGUGCGGCCGUGUGGCGGGAGUCGUGAGGGCGGAGACUGGGUCUGCGCGUGGCCCGCGCGGCGUCGGUGCCGCGGGCGGCGUUUGCGGCCGUUGGACUCGGCGCAGGGACCCCGCGAGCGCGGUGCCGCUUCCCGCCCUUCGCAUCCUCUCGCGGCGUGUUCGUGUCGGCGGCGGGGCUCUUGGGCGCAGCGCUCUACCCCGCGGCCCGUUCUCUGCUCGCGGCGAGACGACGGACGGCCUGCACGGCGGUGAGACAACAUGAGCCGAGAUUUUAAACCCGGGGACCUCAUCUUUGCCAAGAUGAAAGGUUAUCCGCAUUGGCCGGCCAGGGUGGAUGAAGUUCCGGAUGGAGCAGUAAAACCUCCAACAAAUAAAAUGCCUAUUUUCUUCUUUGGCACCCAUGAGACGGCAUUUUUGGGGCCAAAGGACAUAUUCCCAUAUUCUGAAAAUAAAGAUAAAUAUGGAAAACCAAACAAAAGAAAGGGUUUUAACGAAGGGUUAUGGGAAAUUGACAACAAUCCGAAAGUGAAGUUCUCUCAUCAACCGUCCCAUCCAGCUGUUAACACAUCGAUCAAAGAAACUAUUCAAGAAAGCAGUCAAGAGGCUGCAGAGGGAAGUGAAGAAAAAUCAGGAGCCAAAAGGAGAAAGCCGUCUAUCCCCAAAUUAUCUCCCAAAGAGGAUAACAACUUACCUGCAGAAGCUGAAGCAGAAGAAAAGGAGAUGCCUACUACAAAGGAAGAUGAUGUACCUUCUGAAAAAACCAGCAAGGAAGGUGUGGUGAAAACAGAUGAUGCUUCUAUUCCCAAAGUUGCUAGAAGAGGAAGAAAAAGAAAGGCUGAAAAACAAGGUGAAGCUGAGGAAACAGCAGUAGUGGCAACAGCAGCAGUGGUAUCAGCAGCAGCAGCAACUCCAGUGACUGUGUCUCCAAAAGUAAGCCCAAAAAGAGGAAGACCAGCAGCUUCUGAAGUAAAAGUUCCAAAACCAAGAGGGAGACCCAAGUUGGUGAAGCCACCUUGUCUUUCUGAAAGUGACCUUGUUAAUGAGGAGGAGAAAGCAAAGAAAAAAGGACCAGAUGAGAAGCCUAAAAAACAAGUAAAGAAGGAUGAGGAAGGUCAGAAGGAAGAGGAAAAACCAAAGAAGGAAUAUGAUAAAAAAGAUGGGAAGAAAGAGGCUGAACCAAAAAGGAAAAAUACUGCAAAACUGGGUUCUGCGUCAGCUUCUGAUUCUGAAGAUGAGGGGGGAGAAGAAGAAGGUGAUAAGAAGAAAAAAGGGGGAAGAAGCUUGCAGUCAACUCACAGAAGAAACAUCAUGAGAGGCCAGCAUGAGAAAGAGGGGACAGAGAGAAAACGUAAGCAAGAGGAACAGGGAGAAAGUGAACUGCAGAGUAAAGAAGAAGGCAAGAAAACAGAAGUUAAGAAGAUGGAGAAGAAGAGAGAAACAUCAAUGGAUUCUAGGCUUCAGAGGAUACAUGCAGAGAUUAAAAACUCCCUGAAAAUUGAUAAUCUUGAUGUGAACAGGUGUAUUGAGGCUCUUGAUGAAUUGGCAUCUCUUCAAGUCUCAAUGCAGCAGGCUCAGAAACAUACAGAGAUGAUUCUGACACUCAAGAAGAUACGGAAGUUCAAAGUUAGCCAAGUUAUCAUGGAGAAAUCUACAAUGCUGUAUAACAAGUUCAAGACCAUGUUUCUGGUAGGAGAAGGAGAUUCUGUUCUCUCUCAAGUACUAAAUAAAUCACUUGCAGAGCAGAAGCAGCAUGAGGAAGCCAAUAAAACCAAGGAGCAGUGGAAGAAAGGAACAAACAAAAAAAAUGAGAAGGAAAAGGACCAAACAGGUUCAAAGAUUCUGAAUGGAGGGCCUGAAACUCAAGACACCAAUCAAUCACAGCACAAUGGAGAGAAUGGUGAAGAAAAGAAAGAUAAACAUGAAGUUGGUAGUAAGAAAAAGACGUGUGGUGAAGAGAAAGAGCUUGAAAAACCAGCAAAAGAAUCUGCCUUUGAAAACAAAUGACACCACUGGAGUUGUUUUGUUUUUCUAAUUUGAAUUGAAUUGCGUUUGAAAUCUAUAGACUGCUGAAAGUUUUAAAUAAUUUUAUAAGCAUAGUACUUUAAAAUGUUUUGGGGUUUUUUGGUUUUUUGGGUUUUUUUUGGUUUUUUUUUUUUUUUUGGUGGAAUAAAAACCCCUUUAAUCUUGGUUUGAAAGUAUUUAAACACUUGCCAAUAGUUUUGUCCAGUAUUAACAGGUAACACAUUUCAAAAUACAAAAUUUCCACUUAGAAGAGAAACUUAGAAAUUCCUAUAUGUUACAGGACUUAGAGUUGUAGUAUAUUUUUAUCUGACUACUGUAUGUUUGUCUAGUUAGUAGCAGGAAAAAGUAAAUACUUUUAACUGCUUAAUUGCUUCAUUUGUAUAAAACCUGUCUUCCUAUGAUACUGACCUUUGUUUGUGCAUAGUUUUUCAGCUCUUGUGGGGAUAUCUCUUUAGCAUGUUUUGUAGGAGCUGGAAGCAGCAUUUUUAUAGCUAUUAAAAUGUUAAUGUGGAAGUUUACUUAAUCACUUUUCUAAAGACGUUCAGUUCUUGCAAAACUCACUGUGCCAACUUACUGCAAUGUGACUUCAUGGUAUGCUUUUGGUAUGAUAAGUAUACUAGAAAGAAGUACUGUGUUUUGACCAAGGCUGUCGAUGCACACUGAUUGGAAAACACUGUCUUCAACAAUUUCUAAAAUUAAAGAAUUUAAAGUGAUAAA